CCAGCGCUGCUCAUCGUUGUAACAGGCCAGCAAUUCUAAGCCGCACGACCACAUCAUAAAGUAAGCGAAACUAAGUGAAAUUUCGUAGAGUUCAGCCUCCUUGGGUACAGCGCCAGAAGUUGGAAAUAAAUGAUAUAAUUUAUACAAAAAAAUAUCAUUAUUUGUAAUUUAAAAAUUCAUAACGUUUGCGUUAAUGUUGCUAAAGCUACAGAAACGUGUACGCGGCGUGGCCAUUCUCCACCGGGUGGCCAGUUGCGGUGGUUGCGGUUGUUGUGGCGGAAGCGGCCAUAGCGGUAGCGGCAUUCAAAUCCGUUCUUAGCCACCAUGGUCAUCAUAGUUCUCUCUAUUGUUUGAAAAUGGACACCGCUCGUGGCGUUCGGUCACGUCUCCCGGCGCUGCCGAAUUCAAAAGGGAGUAUGAAGAAACCCAAAAGUGUUCCUAAGGUGAGGCCAUCGGCGACCAGGACUGUAGCCCAGCGUGCUGCGCACAGACGCAUGGAGGCAAUCGUGCGCAAUGUUCACAACUACUUCAAACAUCAGCGCGACGUAUUCGUGCAAGACUUGAAAUGCACGUGCCCCAGCUGUACACGCGCCAAGUCAGCCGCCGAGCCCGUCUCGCAGCUACCGUUCGCGGCAACGGAAAUGGCCACCGGAGUCAAGAAGAAGAUGGUGUACCGUACUCUAAAAAAGAGCAAAGGACAGGUGCGGAAUCGAACCAACUUGCUCGCGCGCCGUUGUAACGCGGACCUCUUGGAGGGGCAGCAACUUCGCGCCAUUCUCGGCAGUGCCUUUCGUCAGCCCGAACUUCUGUACUGGUCUAACGUGGUUCGAAUUGCGAGCGAAGAUCCGCACGGCAUCGCGCUGGAGCAUCUCGAGUGCAUGCUCGAGACGGCGGGGUUCGUCUUACAGCCUUGGAAUAAUCAGCUGGUGCCCAUUGAGAAACGUUGCUUAGUGGAGGCGCGCGCUCGCUAUCUCGACGAAAUCGAAACCGCCCGGAAAGAAACCACAGUCGUCUACAUCGACGUUUGCUGGCUGCGCGGCAGGCGCCUGCGACGCGACCCCAGGCCGGGGGGAAAGUCCAAGAUCGUCGCGUUCGCGGGCACCGCAAACGCAGUUUCGGACGUGGUCUUCAAGUUGGAGGUGCGUCCGAGCGUGAGUGAAGUCGAAGACGCCUUCAUCUCCUGGGUCAGCCAGCUUUCCCGCGACCUCUCGGAGAGAUCUACCUUGGUCUUCGUCGACAUCCCGUGGCUCGCCACCCCUGCGGAGCAAGUGCCUUCUGAGGUGACGCCCAAAGUAGCGAUUCUUCGCUGGCUGUCGGAGCGAGCACUAACCCCUGACGGACACGCGACGCGCUGGGAACUUCUUGAACUCGUCAAGCGACACAGUGGCUGUGUUCGUGAAUCGAGGCUGCACACAGUCGUAGGAGGGCAUGGACACCGAGUUCUCCGGAUACCACGGAGCGCUUCCGACUUGAACCCGGUGACUCGCAUCUGGCCUCUGCUUGAGGGCGCUCUGGCGUCGGAGGAACUGGCGGUUUUGUCGGAAACCGCAGUCUGCGAGGCGGCUCUGAGUUCCGCAGCCAACGUCUGGCGGGAGCUGGUCAGCCAGCUGCCCGCCCUGGAAGAAAGCUACCGCUUUUUCGACGCGUCCAUGGCGAGGCUACUCGCGGAGCUGCCGCCCAACACCUGCCCGGAUCGAGACGAUUCGCUGGUAUUACCUGGAGCCUAGUGGGCCCUUCUAUGUAUUCCUUGGUUCAUUCUACUUAGCCAGCGUGUGAAUCAUCUUGGGUUUGACUACUCCAAGUAGGUGGAAUAUGUGCAAAAGUGCUGGGGGUACUGCAAUGCUGUCAUUACCCUGACACUUCUGCGUCUAUUCCGUAGGUCCAUACAACGCUCUUGCUCACAUUCAGUGCUUCAGUCCAGUCAUGUCAUGUCGAAACACAUUUCGAACUUGCCAGCAUCGGUUUUAUGGAGAUAUAUUCUAGCCAAGUUAUUGUUUUCCCAAGGGGGAGAGCUGUUUACAUUUGUGAGUUAUACGAGGUUCCUUGUACAACAGCAGCUGUGAUAUAUCUGUUCAAGAUGCCGUGAUAUAUUGUGCCGUGAUAUAUUGUUUUUAAAUCGUCUGUUAUUUGUACAAAAGAUGUUGCCAAAUGCUUACAAACCUUUGCAUUUUUCUCCAGGUUUGCAGACAUGCACCCCAGAUCGCAGAAUCUGAGAGGAAGAACCUAAAUUCUUUAAGCUAUAAUAUAACUUUUGAAUUCCACCACAGUGCAUGCACAGGCUAGUCACUCCCAAACCUAGUUUUUUGACAAGCUUGUCAUGGUGGUGGAAGUGCCACCUUAUGUAGUGAUCUUUUCCAGUGGUUUGUUGAUCGUACUUGUGCAAUAACAAGCGGUCAUCAUAAUCUUUGUUAGACAAUUGUUUGUGUGAGGUAGCAAUAAAGCCAAAUCCCUUACCUUGUUGCCAGUAGGCGUUGGUAUACAAUGCAUAUUUACACCUCUUUUAUGUGGAUACUCCGGCAAGUUUCAAGAGCAGUAAUUAUAGGUUAAUCCAAAAGCAACGGAGCUAAAUGCCUUUCCUGUUAGCCCCUAGUGAUGACUUAAGAUCCACUGUGUGAAGGGCCACUUACAAUCCCAACAUCAGUAUGUUUUGUUUAUGGUUGCAAACUAAUAGAAAUGAUGCUGAAGCGUCGUCCUAAAGAUUGUAAGCUUCGGGUUGACAAACUUGCAGAGAAAUAAAAAAAAAAAAAAAAAAUGAUUUCAUACUUCUACUUGAGUCAAUGAUCUAGAUGGCAAAAUGGUGCAUGCCUCGCCUUUUUGGACGACUGAAACCGCAAGUGCUGUUCAACUUGCUGUUCGUCCGUCUCAUCAAUCGCGGGCUUGUGCGCCUGUGAGCUGACAAACCAUGUGCCCAUUUUGCUGUGCACUAACCGUGUGUUCUUUCUCAUGUCACUUCUCACUUGGAUUUUCAUUUUUGAGCAGUGUUCUAUUCUACUUAGCCAAAAAGGCUUCUUAAAGGGGUAUAGAGAAAAACAAAGCGUUGCAGACUUUGAUGAGUGACACGAGGGGCAAAGUUGCUUAGGUGAUCGCUUGACAAUUUCACCCUCAAAGUCCGAGAGUUUAUUUGGCAGCAAAAAAAAAAACAGCUCGUCCAAGCUGUCGCCAACCUCCUCGUUGUCCUUAAAGGGAUACUUCAGCGAAAUUUGAAAUAUUCCCGUCGUCUUCAAAAAUCGGCUGAAUAUGCGUUAGCGACAUCCACCAGGUGCUCUUUGCUAAUCGUUUCAUUUGUUUUAAAAUUCCUUUUCGUGACUUUUUUAACAAGAUAUUGGUAUGUUCGAUGUGAUAUUGCUCCUUUGAACACAUAUAGACCAAACAAUGAGCGCCGAAAUUUCGUUGUAGUAUCCCUUUAAUACCUUGGUACAGCCGUUGGGUGCCACCACAUUGAGAGCAGGAAAAAACCUGGACACGGCCGAUGGCUCGUCACUAGCAGGGGCGGAUUUAGAGGGGGGUCCGGAUGUCCUGACCUCCCUCUUGGUUUCUGCAUGUGUAAAAUUUAGGGCGUGAAACGAGGGAGGGGGGAGGGGGUUCCUAAACAUAUGGUACGCUGACCAACACCUGACCCCCCCCCCUCAGGAAAUUCCUGCAUCCGCCCCUGGUCGCUAGCACACCCAAGCUCAGAGUUUUUGUAUUCUGAAAUCAGUGGCUUAAUUUGUUUGCAAUAGUGUCAAUUAAUGUCAUCAAUAAUUUUUAAAGAUGUGCAACUUGCAACACCUUGAAGUGCCUUUGCCAUCUACAUCAUUGCAAAAAAAAGCAAAAAGCCUAGCUUGGGGGUGAGAGAGACGGGUUUAUGGUGGGCUGUUUUGUACGCUAUAGUCUGUUGCAACUCCAAGAAGGUAGGGCGAUGGCAAGACGGGCCGGGAAGGAGGAAGCAGACGAAUGCUGGAGAAGAGAGGGGAAACCUCCUCUCUUUAGCAUUCCGUCUGCUUCUUCCUCCCCAGACAGUCUUGCCCUCGCCCUACCUUCUUGAGUUGCAACGGACUAUAGAAAAGUUUUCACUAUAUAAUUUUUUUAUAUUGGGCCUUCCUGAAGCGUUAAGAGAAAAUCUCUCGAUUUUGGGGUUGUCAGUGGCCCUUGAAGGUAAAUGUAUUGCAUGGCACGUUUGUAUCAAUAAAGUUCCUGUAUAUCGGUUGUCCAGGGAACUAAAUAUGCAUGUUCCACUCUUUAGCACAAUCGCUGUGCCACGAC